GAAUGGCUAAGAUUGGACAUGACUCAUCUGUUCCCCAACAACCAAAUUGCAUAAAGUUGAGCCUAGUACCUCAUUUAAUCCCUUAACAAACUCAUUAAAUUUUCAGUUUUCUUUAUCGUACAAAGAGAGAGAGAGAGCUGCAUGUAUCAGAAGCUGAUGCUCUUUUUUUUCUCCACUUCAUAUAACUGGCACUGUGCCAUAUCGAUCAAUGAAAGAAAGCAGCAUCAGUAAAAGACAACAAAGGCUGGCUCUGCAGUCUAGGUGUCAAAGCUAUCAGAUAAUUAUAGGCUUUGAAGGUGUUUUCAGACCCAAAAUGGGUGCUGUUAUUCUGCACUUUACACCACCAUAUAUAGUACUACCCUUUUAUAUUAAUUAUAUUGAUGAGUGUGUAUGUGUGUGUGUGUGUGUGUGAGAGAGAGAGAGAGAGAGGGGUUUGGCUUGUAUUGAAAGGUAAGCAAUCUGCAAUCCAAGGUUAGAGGCAGAAGGACAGUGGAAAAUAGGCUAUAGUCUUAGGAGGAAGGUGAACCUUGUUGGAUCACUUGUUUACUGUUCACAAGAAACCAGAAUCACUUGCUUGCAAAGCAAAAUCUCUUUGGGAAUUGCAAGCUCCUGUGGUAGUAGUAGUUGUAGCCUUUUCUCUCCUCCCCUUUUUAUAUGCCAGAAUGAAUUCAAAUUCAACCAUCAUCAUCAUGUCUUGCUUCUUCUUGUGAAUUAGGGAAGAUUGUUCAUAUCAUUCUCAUAAUCAUUACAUUCAUCAUUUUGUGCUUGCUUUUGAAGAAGGAAAAAAAAAUGAAAGGAGGAAGAUUGUUCUGUUUUAUGGUUGCUCUGCAAAUAAUGAGUUGUUGUGUCUCUGUAACAAGCAGACCCUUUUCUCCAACUGAUGAUCUGUCCCAUCCUGCAGGCCCAAAACAGGUACCAGCUCCAGAGUCUUCACCACCUUAUACUAUAGAGUCAGAAAAGGGGUUAAUGGUUAGAGAGAAGAUGACAGAGAGAAUGAAAGAAGAAGCAUAUUAUGAUAGAAGAAUAGGGUCUAGUCCACCAAGCUGUGAGCACAAGUGUUAUGGUUGCACUCCUUGUGAAGCCAUUCAAGUACCAAGCACAAGCAGAAGCAGCAGUAGAAGGAGGCACAGUCAUUUGGGGAUCCAGUAUGCAAACUAUGAGCCUGAGAGCUGGAAAUGCAAGUGUGGUCCUUCCUUUUACAGCCCCUGAAUGUUAAUUGUCCAUACCCAUUUAAUACAUUAUAUAUUAUAUAAGUCCAAUCUAUCUUCUAUCUGAUUAAUUCUCAGGUUCGAUCAUAUAUAUUAAUAUUAUUGUAUUGUAUCUGUCCCCUUGUCGUACAAAACCUCAAAAUUCAAAGGAAUUUAAUUAUUUACUAGAUAA